AUGGUCCGUCAGGGCAUGGAGGCAUGGCCGGCCGGCUUCGAGGCUUAUUCUUGCGUGUCGGCGCUGAACUUCCACCUGGUGCACAGCAAACACCCGGCCAGCCUGCAGCAGGCUCCUGGUGCGCUGUGUCAGACUGCGGAAGUCCUCGGCCUGCAAAGGUCCCCGGUGGAGGGAAAGGAAUUAAGAGCAAGAAGACCACCCAAAGUCCUCGGCGACGCGGGCUUCAUCCUUUACACCCCCCCAGAGGUCAAAUGCCGCAAGUGCAUUAUCAUCAAGAAUGUACAGGGCAUGGCUGACCAUGAUGUGCUUCAUAUUAAACAAGAUACUGAACGCAUACAGAGCUGGGCAUCCGUCACGGAGGUCAUUCGCUUCCCGAAAGGCCACACGUAUAAAGUCAUGUUCAGAAUACAAGACAUGGCUGCCACGGCAUGCAGGCAGGGACUGAAGGCCCUAAAUCUCAGCCUUACGCCAGCCCAGCUGGAGGUGGAACAGUUUAUUCCACUUACCGUGUGCUUCAGAUGCUACCAGAUUGAAGGACACACAACAAAGGAGUGCACAAAGCCACAGGACUACAAGGUGUGCUCAAUCUGCGCAGAGACAGACCACACGUGGCAGGAAUGUGACGCAGGGGAGCAGAAAUGUGUCCUGUGCUCAGGCCAGCACUCAUGCAUGGCCAUGAAAUGCCCCAAAAGAAAACAGGCACUAAAAGUCAAACGUGCCAGGCAACUAACCCGUCUAGCAGCUCAACUCAGAAAGCAGCGAGUGGACAUAGCUGGGCUCUCUGAGACGAGGAGACCUGGCACUAGAGAGAUCAGUAGUGGGGACUAUACCUAUUACUGCAACUACUUUUUCCGUUUACCUAUUCAUAUUUUUGGCUGUCUAUCUUUAUCUAAUUAUUCAUCUGUUAAUCAAUCACACUGUCUACAUAUCGAUUCCAUCAAUGUACCUAUCUACCUAUCUGUGGGUGCAGGCGUGGUGAGUGUCCGAGGCUGCAACAUUCACCAAGACACGGACACAAGCGUAUUACAGUGCCCGGGGCCCCUUGCUCGUCACGCGUCGGAUUUACGGCUGGUGUUGGGUGUGCUGGCGGGCGAGAAGGCAAGCGAACUGUCCCUGGGCAAGAAGGUUAAUCCCGGGGGCGUGGUAAUACACUCCUUGGAGGGGGACGGCGACGGAGUGCUGACCACGGGCCUAAGCCAAGAUCUAUUAAGGGUGCAGCGGGAUGUGACGAGGCAUUACCGGCACACCUACGACUGUACUGUGAAGAAGGUGAAGAUCCCAGGCCUGCACUGGUCGUAUCAGAUGUGGCGAGAGCGACUGGCAGAGGAGACCCAAUAUGACACCCCGAUAUACGAACAGCUGGCAGACAACAAGGGGGAGAUCAACGUGGGGACAGAAAUCACUCGUUGGCUUCUGGGUCGCCCGCAUCACACAGCUCCGUCCCUCGCCCAAGCUCUUCUGGCUAAAGUGAGCGCCGAAGUACAGUUCUUAGGCGACCAACAGAAGGUAUUACUGGGUCGGGAAGCAUCGAAGACACCAUCCAAGAGAAAAGAACAAGUGGAAGCCCAGUGGAAGGCGAUGCAGAUGAGAAUUCAGCGUCUUCUGGGUGACAAUGGCGUGCUCCUCUACCCUAGUCACCCUACACAGGCGCCUUACCACGGGGAGUCGCUAUUCAGGCCUCUCAACUUCACCUACGCGGCUGUCUUCAACGCCCUCGGCUUCCCCGUCACGCAAGUCCCUCUCGGCCUUGCCUCCAACGGGCUGCCUCUUGGGAUUCAGGUCGUUGGGGCGAUGAACAAGGAUUAUCUCACCAUCGCCAUCGCUGAGGAUCUUGAAAAGCACUUCGGAGGCUGGGUGUGUCCUUCCAAGAUCCUGUAGUGUGUAUGUGUGUGUGUGUGUGUGUGUGUGUGUGUGUGUGUGUGUGUGUGUGUGUGUGUGUGAGA